CUGGGCCCAGAGCCGCCUUGGCUGGCUGCUCUCUUACAGAGACUGUUGACCUUUGGCGAAGUGGCAUCAGGCCGGAUGGAGGAGGGACUAGGCGCUGCAUGUGGGAUGGCUUAUACCGGCAAGUACUUUGACAAGGCCAGCUACCGGGUCUUCUGCCUGCUGGGAGCAGGUGAGUCCUCGGAAGGUGCCGUCUGGGAGGCCUUGGCCUUUGCUGCCCACUACAACCUGGACAACCUCGUGGCGAUCUUCAGUGUGAACCGCUUGGGCCAGAGCAGUGCUCUGCCCCUGGAGCAGUGCUUGGCUAUCUACCAGAAGCGCUGCGAGGCCUUUGGGUGGAAUACCUACGUGGUAGAUGGCCAUGACGUGGAGGCGCUGUGCCAGGCAUUUUGGCAAGCAGCUCAGGUGAAGAGCAAGCCCACAGCUGUGGUGGCCAAGACCUUCAAGGGCCGGGGCAUUCCAAACACUGAGGGGGCAGAAAAUUGGCAUGGAAAGCCCAUGGCCAAAGAAAGGGCAGAUGCGAUUAUCAAAUUAAUCGAAAGCCAGAUAGAGACCAACAGGGAGCUAGUGCCAAAGCCACCUAUUGAAGACUCCCCUCACGUCAACGCGACGGAUGUAAGGCUGACCACUCCACCUGCUUACAACAUCGGCGACAAG